UUGAAAAAGCUUUACAAAAGAACAAAUGGAUAUUUCAAACGGAUCUUCAAGCGAAAACUCAUUAAGUUCUGGUUCAGAAGACAGCAGGGACGAGUUCCAAGUUGAAGACCAUGAAGGAAUAAUUCAACCGUACGCAUUUGAGCCCGUUGAAGAAACAGAUUCGGAGUCAGACAACAUGGCUAUUGAUGAUGAAUCAUCACAAUCGGGAUCUGGAAAUGUAACAAGCAGACUCGCGGAUAUAGACAAAGACUGGUGUCUUUGUAGUAACUGCCAGAUUAUGGACAGAGAAGAGGAAUGUGUAUGCUGCCAAGAGGUCUCAGCAUGUGUUGGAAAAAAUGAAGAAGUGGCACAGUUUGAAAAUAUACCCAUUCCAGCUUGUAUGCCUCAAUUACUGGGUGCUACAGACUGCCUGGAAUCAGUACAAACAACAAUACGGCACAAGUGCCUAUGA